CUCAUUCUGGACCCAUCGCACCACCACGCUCUGCUAGAAUCGAUUAAAGACUUUAUCAGCGGGCAGUGAAGUUGCAUGCAGACGGAAUAUUGAUUGUUGAUAAGACCAGCAUGCAUUUAGGUAGCGUCUGUCAGACCGCCACCCUGCCUUCAUUGGACCGUGGGCCUCCUGUGGGAGGAGUCCACCCAUCCAUGGAGCUGAAGCCCCUCCUCCCGCUCAGCCUGUUCCAUGGCUUCACUGAAAUUAACCGCGUUCACAAAACCCAGAUUGGUCCAGGAUUUGGACUAAACACGCCUCUUAUGAGGAAACCCAGCUCAUCGUGUGCCGUGUGCCGACUGAGGUUCAACUCAGAGAGCCAGGCCUCAUCCCAUUACAAUGGUACCAAACACUUUAAGAGGCUCAAAGCCUUCGACCCACCGGACUGCAAGACCAGAGCCCUUGACACAGUCACCAAGGAAACCACAACCAAGAGCGCAUCACCCUGCCCUGUGCCGCCCAGCUCAGACCCCAGUUCAACAGGAGGUUGGUAG